AUGGGGCCUGAGAACCUCACGUCUGUCACCGAGUUCAUCCUGGCGGGGCUCACCAGCCACCGAAAGAUCCAGAUUCUGCUCUUCGUGGUCAUCCUCAUCAUCUACACAUUGACGGUCAUGGGGAACGUAGGGAUCAUCAUGUUGGUCUGGUCUGACCCUCAUCUCCACACGCCCAUGUACUUCUUCCUGAAGCACUUCGCAGGCUUAGAAAUCUGCUAUGUCACCACCGGCAUGCCCCAGAUGUUGGCUCAUCUCCACGCUGCCAAUGGAAUCAUCUCUUUCAGCCGUUGCGUAGCCCAGGGGUAUGUCAGUACGUGCCUGGGCACCGUUGAGUUGUUUCUGCUGGGCAUCAUGGCCUACGACCGCUACUUGGCCAUCUGCUGUCCCCUUGUAUAUGCCAUUGCCAUGGGCAGGAGUCGGCAGUGGCAGCUGGCUUCAGCCACCUGGGCAGCUGGCUUCGUCUCUGCUCUCAUAUAUGUGGGCAGCAUGCUUCCCCACCCCUACUGUGGACCCAACCGCAUCAACCACUUCUACUGCGAGCUGCCCCUUGUGCUGAAACUAGCAUGUGCAGAUACCCACACCUCAGAAGCCAUCGGUUUGGCAUUGGCAGGGGUGGUCCUUGCCAGCUCUCUUGCAGUUGUCCUGGCCUCAUAUACGCUAAUACUUUCCACUGUGUUAGCAAUGAAGUCAACCGCUGGAAGGCGCAAGGCCUUCUCCACAUGCAGCUCCCACUUGGCGGUGGUUACCUUGUUCUACGGCACUGUGGCUUCCAUGUAUAUGAGACCCCGGUCAAGCUCAGCUCCUGACACAGACAAACACAUUGCGGUCUUUUACGUUGUGAUCACCCCACUGCUCAAUCCUAUCAUUUAUACACUGCGCAACAAGGACAUCCAUGCAGCGGUGGCCAAGAUGUUGCGAAGAUGGCGAGAGGGAUGUAACACAGAAAUGUGA